CGGUAAUGAUCCGUGCCACCUUGAAAGAGUUCUAAACAUUUCAUUUCGUUAUCUGAAUUCGAAUAAAAAUGAGUCAGCUUUUAUUGCUUGUCGCGUUGCUUCUUAGUAUUCAAUCAGGAGUCUUAGCGUGGAGGAGCUUCAAGCUCGUCUUCGACAAAUAUGAAAGUGAAACCGACAAAGACUUUGUAGAAGUCAAAGCAGAAAUCCUUAAUACAACAGGUGAGACAGUGAUCAACGCUCACAUCAAUGUCAUUAAGGACUUGGAUGACUUGCAACUGAAUGUGAAUCUCCUGAUGGAGGAGACCACCGACAAUUUUGUAUCGUUGCUGAACAGGACGGUAAACUUUUGCAAAUUCCUGAAAACCAAAUCAAUUGACCCUGUCCUCAGGAUCAUUUACGAUGACUUGAGUCGACAUGGAUACUUUUUCAAGGAAUGUCCAAUCAAGAAGGGAAUUUAUUACAUCCAUGACUAUCGACUUGAUGAGGAGAUGCUUCCAAGUUAUAUUCCUGAAGCGAGAUUCAUAUUUUCCCUGCAAUUGUGGAAGAAAACUGCCCUUGUGCAUCGGGGAAAUCUCUACGGCAGGGUCGAUAAAUCCAAAGGAUUCAAUAAUUUCAAAAUAUUUAGCAUGGGAAAAUGAAACUGUUUAAAAGAAUCUGAAUGAAAGUAUAAUGAAUAUUGGACCGGGUUUGGAUUUUCAUUGACUAUAUUUGCACUUAUAUAAUUUCGGAAUAAUACACAA